AUGAGCAUUUCUGUUCGUUCUGCUUUAUACGAAGCAGCUAAAGCUGGUGGAUUUACUUCAAAUGAUAAUCUUGAUUUGGAUCUUGAAAAUGAUCGGGGUCAUGAAUUGGGGCACACAUGUCUGAUCAACGUUGGUGAAGCCAUUAUUAACUGGGAGUCCGAAAUAUUUGAUAAUAUCGAGAAUAUCAGAAUUCUUUAUCUUGGAAGGUGGCAGAGCUCGGCUAUGCACCACAUUGAACUAGCAGACGCCGAAAUUCUCCAUGGACUGAAGGAUCUGAAGAGCUUAACGUUUCUUAGCCUUCGAGGAAUUUCGAUGAUCACAGAGCUCCCCGCAUCCAUUUUAGAGCUCAAGAAUUUGGAGAUCUUAGAUCUCCGAGCAUGUCAUAAUCUUGAGGCGAUUCCUGACAAUAUCGGUUUGCUCAAGAAUCUGAUGCACUUGGACAUGUCCGAGUGUUACUUUUUAGAACACAUGCCCGAGAGUCUUGCUCAACUAUCAAGACUCGAAGUCCUCAAGGGAUUCUUGAUUGGAGAUUUCAACAAUAACAACAAACAAUCGUGUACUCUUCACAAUUUGUCAAGACUGCAGAAGUUGAGAAAACUUAACAUCUACGCAAGUGUGAAAGACUUUCGCAAACUGUGGGACCUUGAUAAUUUACAAAAUUUUAAAGGCUUGCAAAAGUUGACAAUAUCAUGGAGAGGAUGCUCUUUACUAGGUGAAAGCCGCAUACUAAGUCAAGAAGAAGCAAGCAUGGAACUACUCAGACGAGGCCUUGUGAUACUUCCUCCAAGAUUGCAGAAACUAGAGCUAGCUUCAGGACUAAAGAAACUCUACAUUAGUAGAGGGCAACUAUGCGAUCUAGGCCAAUCACAGAUACACCAAAGGGAGCAGCGGGUCGUGGAGAUGUUGCGUUUGAAGUGGAACGUGAAGAUAUUGCGUUUGAAGUACUUGAGCAAAUUAAAGAUAGAUUGGAGCGAAUUGAGGAGAGUAUUUCCAAAGUUAAUUUACUUGCACCAAGAAGAAUGCCCCAAGUUAACUACCUUCCCGUGUGAUGAGAGGGGCGUGUGGAUGAACAUGGAGGCCCGGCGUGCUGAGUGGGGCUCAUGUCCUCUUAGCCCAGUAGAUGAGGAACAGCAAUAUUCAGAGUGA